ACUCAAUUAUAAGGAAACUGGCUGGCUUGUACUAGCUGAAUAUUAUUGUGUAAACCUUGACUGAAUUAAGAAGCAUUUGUUUAAUUUAAAUCUAAUUGAAACAAAUCAGUUUUUCAUUUAUAAAUUUGUGUUUUAAUGUUGGGUGAACCAAGACAUGAAUAAAAUCUGUAGGAUUUGUUUGGAGGAAGGGGUACUGUCUUCGGUUUUUACAAAGAAUUUCAAUAUAUCCUUAUGUGAUAUGAUUGAGUAUUGUUGUAAUGUAAAGAUCCGGAAAAAUGAUGGGCUGCCAGAGCAAUUGUGCAGCAACUGUAUUUACAAGCUGGGAGUGGCUUACCACUUUAAACAGACAUGUGAGAGUGCUGACGUGCGACUCCGACAAUACCUGGGACUGCAGUUAACAUCUAAGUACAAUGAUGCAGCUGUUAUGACUGACCCUAUGCCUAUACCUCAAGCUAUAAUAAAGAAAUGUAAAUGUAGGCUGUCUCAGAAAAAAACUAGCACCAACUACAAGAAGAAACCUGAAGAGGAAAAACUAAAACGUGGGCCGAAACCGAAACCCAAACAAGUACAUGCGUGUUAUGAGUGUGACAAGGAGUUCCGCUGCCAGGCACAGUUGGAGACACAUGUCAGGACCCACACAGGUGACAAGCCUUUCAGCUGUAUGUACUGCUCUCGCAGAUUCGCGCAGAAACACAACCUGACUAUACACCUCCGAGUACACACUGGCGAAAAACCAUUCCAAUGCGAAGUCUGCAGUAAAACAUUUUCCGCACAAGGAAAUCUUCAGGCUCAUCUCAAAAUUCACACAGGACAAAAGGAUCAUGUUUGUUCCCUGUGCAACAAGUCAUUCAUCACAUCGAGCGAGUUGUCGCGCCACAUCAACAAGCACCGAGGAGUCAAGAACUACAAAUGCGAUAUCUGUGGGGCGGCUUACGCGCAGAGCAGGGAUCUGAAAAUACAUAAAAUGAAAAAACACCAGAUAAACACUCAAAACACCACAGCUCAAAAUGAUGGUUACAACAACAGCAGCAACAUUGACAUCAUUGGGAUAGAUGUGGGUAAAGAGAGCUCUUUGCCAGCCGAGGUGCACAGUGGGCAUAGGCCAGCAGCCAUAGAAAGCAUUGGCUUGGUUGGCUCUAAAGAGAUGCAUUCAGUAGCUGGGAAGCAUCCACCGCAGAUCAGUCAGUUAGUUCAAAGUAAAGGUUUCCAGCAGUAUGGCAACAAGUUGGAUCCCCACACCUGCACAGUUUGUGGUGAAGUGUUUGAUUACAUUACUGCUCUAGCACAUCACUAUUUGCAUCGACAUAAAGACUGUGAACCAUUGCCUAUAUUAAGUUAAUUCAUUUUUUUUUCCUAAGG